CGUGCGCGGAAAGAGAGCAGUGUGGCUUGCGCUCCGAUGUCAGUGACAAGGGCAGUGUUGUGAUACGACUAUCCGAAGCGACAACAGCAGCAAAAUGAUAGCCGAGGGCAAGACUUUCUUCUUGCGUUCUGCAAUUUUCGUUGGACUGGCGUCAGUGGUGACGACGAUCAUUUACUUCACGCCUGUACCAGACAUUGAGUUCGCAUCAUGUGAACGACCGUGCCACGAGCUGGACUGGCCGAUGAUCUGCAGGGUGAAGCUGACCGUUGAGGUGUACCAACCUCUUACAAGCAGCUGUGGGUCGUGCCCGAGCAACGCGAGCGACUGCUUUCGGCCGCAGUGCAUCACGGCGGACGGCGUGCGCCAGCCCAUGCUCACCGUCAACCGACAGCUGCCCGGGCCCAGCAUACACGUGUGCGAGAACGACAUCCUGCUGGUGGAGCUGGAGAACCGCGCUCCGGGCGUGGAGCUGUCGGUGCACUGGCGCGGCCAGCCGCAGCGCGAGACGCCCGCCAUGGACGGCGUGGCCGGCGUGACGCAGUGCGCGGUGCCCGCCCACACCACCUUCCAGUACAAGUUCCGCGCCGCCGCGCCCGGAACCCACCUGUGGCACGCCUUCACCGGCCUGACGGCGGCAGACACGGUGUCUGGCGCGCUGGUGGUGCGCCGCCCGGGGUCGAAGGAGUCGCUGCGGCCGCUGUACGACCGCGACGAGCGCGAACACCUGGUGCUGGUGUCGCAGCUGGCCGAGGCGCCCGCCACGCUGCUGCCGCCCGGCGCAGACGCCGCCGGCCGCGCCCUGCUCAUCAACGGCCGCCAGCAGGGCUCCGGGGACCUCCCGCUGCACACGUUCUGGGUGUCGGCGGGCCGGCGCUACCGGUUCCGCGUGGUGAACGCCGGCGGCGGCGGCCACUGCGCGGUCAACGUUACCGUCGAGGGUCACCGCAUGCUGCUCGUGGCGCUGGACGGCGCGCCCGUCAAGCCGCAGCUCGCCACCUCCGCCGUUCUCGCCUCUGGGGAGCGCGCCGACGUGGUGAUCCGCACGGAGCAUGCAGACGGCACGUACCGCGUCCUGGCCAACACGGUACCCGGCUGCGGCUCCAAACAGCUGCACAGCGCCGCCCUGCUGCGAUACAGAGACCCCGCCAGCGACGACCACGACCACGACGAGGUCGAGACCAACAGCAUCGAUGUGGAGGGCAUGGGCCUAGAGGAGCUUUCGCCCACUCCUCCCACGGAGCUAGCCGUCGAACACAGCGAGGUGCCGGAGACAGCACCCUUCAACGUCACGGUGUGGACGUGGCCUCGCUCAGAGUGCGAGAGCGACGCCGGCGUGCACGUGUGCCUGCAACAGGUGCGCGGCGACCACGAGCUGCCGGAGUCCCUGGCGUCGUCUGAGCUGCCGCUGCGGCUGCUGCUGCCCUUCGGACGCGAUCAGAGGGACCAGGCCACCGGGGCGACGCGGCAGGUGAGCGGCGUGUCGUUCGCGCCUCCUCCAUCGCCGCUGCUGACGCAGCCCGAGGACGUGCCUACGGAGGCGGUGUGCGCCGCAGACGUCGACAGCAGUGCGACUCUGGCGACACCAGCGCCGCGCAGCGGCUGCCCUCAGGACCAGCCGUGCCGCUGCGUGCACGUGCGCCGGGUCCCGCUCGGCAGUGCCCUCGAGGUUGUCCUCGUCAACCAGGACGACUCGGACAGCACGAUCCACGUGCACGGGAACCCCGGGUACGUGGUGGGGACGGCCGAGGUGCCUGUGGGCACUCCCGUUGAGUCGGUGCCGGAGUUGCUGAAGCCACGCCUGCAGCUGCGGCAGCCGCCGCUCAAGGACACCGUGCACGUGCCGGCCAGGAGCGCAGUCGCGCUGCGACUCGUCGCCGACAACCCAGGUUACUGGCUCAUCCACGACCAACGACCAUCCCACUGGACAGCAGGUCUUGCAGUCCUCCUGCAAGUUGGAUCAUCAUCAGAUGUCACAAAUGUCCCCUCAGAUUUUCCUCGUUGUGGUAGCUGGGUUGGACCAGAGUUCCUGCUUAUAUAAAGUAAUAGGCUGCAGAAGGUAAUUGUUGUGUACCUGUAAAAUUACAUGAAGAACAUCCACCAACAACAUGAAGCAGUUGCCUUUUACGUAUCCUUUUAAGGAUGUUGAAUCUGAAACUUAGUGUUUUGAGCAGCUUAACCCAUGACCAUUAAAGUUUACGCUAUAAUAUUGAGUCAACAUGUUCUCUUUGAAAGGUUCUCACUUGACAUUCUGCCAUACCUCAGAUUCUAUAAAUAUUCCUUUUUUGUUGAUUUUAUGUUAAAUGAUUAAAAGCUUUGAUGGAAUUUAAUUAGAAAUGAAUGAGAAACUUGUCCUUGCAUAAUGAACUCUGAGUCAUUUCUAACUUAUAUCUAUAAGAUAUGCUGUGUAUAUGCUUCUUGUUAAAAUGGCUUCCAAAAUCAUCAUUAAAUUUUUUAAAUGUCUGGGGACAGGAGACAAUGAUGAACAUAGGUCAUUUUAUAACAGAAAUACACCAACAGCUUCAGUGAAGUGAUAACAUUUCAGUUAUUACAGCUAAAUGGUCUGUAUUAGUAGCCACAAUGUGCUAUAAGUGCAGAUAUGAUUUUUCCCUAGAAGUACUCACUGCAGGCCAGUAUGUUUAUAAAGAAAUAACAUUUUAAUGUCAAAACAGCUGCAAUUUUAAUGCACUUGAAGUGUCUUGGUGUUUUGAGGCAUUGUGACUAAUAUGCCACUGUCUUGCCCUGCUCAUGAUGUUAGUGGAUAAUCUGUGGAAUGAUACAUAAUAGUACAUAGGAUAUUAUUCUAUGAAAUUUGUGAUUAUUUGUCAGUCAUUGCUCAAUCACAUAAUGAUGUUUUUGUAAGCCAAAUUGAACCAUUGCAUAUGAAUAAUGAAAGUUGUUGUUGAAGAUAGUAACUGCAAUGAAAUACAUUUUUUGGAUCAGAACGUAUAUAAAUGUGAAAUGUAACUAUGAUGACAAUGUAGAGAGAACUGCAUUUGUGAUUGCUCAUGCUUAUUAUGGAAGACCAAUAAGAAUUUUAUGUAUUUUCCAUAUGGGAAAUUUUAAACUAUCUUUGUUCUAACAGAAACUAACAUCACAUUUUAUUCCUAUACAAAUUAUAUAUUGUAUAUUACAACAAAAAAGUCUGUGAUAGCUAUUGUUAAUGUGUUUGUGCGUUAUUUGUGUGUUCAGUGCUUCCAAGGUAGCAUAGUAGAUUACAAUAAUAAGUUUCAUUGAAAGUGUUUUAAGUUAUUUAUGUUAUGAAAACUGUACUUUUGUUAAACUUUAUAGAAAUAAAUUGAAACUGUUGCCUUGUAAAUAUAUCACGCAAAUGUAUGACAACAGAAUAAU